UGUCCGCUGUUGUCUCUGCAGUACUCGUCGGCCGGCUGUCUGCUGUCUCUGCACCACAGCGAGAAGCCCGACCACGAGGAGGUGUGUGAGUUCAGGCCGUACACCUGUCCGUGUCCCGGCGCCACCUGCAAGUGGCACGGCCCUCUGGAGGCCGUCAUGCCUCACCUGAUGCACGCGCACAAGUCCAUCACCACUCUGCAGGGCGAGGACAUCGUCUUCCUGGCGACGGACAUCAACCUGCCGGGCGCCGUGGACUGGGUGAUGAUGCAGUCGUGUUUCAGCCACCACUUCAUGCUGGUCCUGGAGAAGCAGGAGAAGUACGAGGGCCACCAGCAGUUCUUCGCCGUCGUGCUGCUCAUCGGCACCCGCAAGCAGGCCGAGAACUUCGCCUAUCGCCUGGAGCUCAACGGCAACCGGCGCCGGCUCACCUGGGAGGCCACGCCGCGCUCCAUUCACGACGGGGUGGCGGCCGCCAUCGUGAACAGCGACUGCCUGGUGUUUGACACCUCCAUCGCCCAUCUGUUCGCCGACAACGGCAACCUGGGGAUCAACGUCACCAUCUCCAUGUGCUGAGGGGAACGGAGACGCCGACAUGACGCCGGAGCAGACCGGGAGGUGCUGACAUCACUUCCUGUCUGUGUUUACAGUUUUACUUGCAGAGAGGAAACUUCUCGAACAGCAGCGGCAGGCGGAGGCCGGCGCCGCGCCCUGUGACGUCUGCGACGAACGACGGGACAGAACGGGUCGUCCCUCAGCUAGCGGAGAGCGCCACGUCUUUGUCCUCAUCAGGCCUGCUGCUGAGACCGCCGCCCAUCCCGGCGGGACGCUGAGAGCGAGAGACUUCACCGCAGCAGCGUGAAGAAUUUAGCCCCUUAUCAGUGAGCGGGACGCUAACCGACGACGUUUUACUUAGAAAAAAGUCAGUUUUAUUUCUAAAGUCUGACAUCAGAAAUCACGAUCUGCUUUUCAGCAGACGACAUCCCGCUGUCUGCACAUCGUCACCACGCAUCAGGAAAAACCCCGAAAAACCUCGAACAGGGAAAAAUGGCAGAAACAUCAAGAAGAGCGGCGGAGGAGGGAACUCAAGAAGUCACUGAGAGCUCCGCCUCCCGCAAAAAAUGUCCGAAUUCAUCGAGAACACACAGAACAACACAACGGACGCACGUAAAACAACAACGUGGAAAGUUUGCUGACCGGUUCAGCAAGUCGCUUCUGUCGCGUUAAAGCCGCGUUAUAUUUCACUUUAAUCCAACUUUGACAUUUUUAGUCCUCAAUGUCAAGAUUUCCUUGUGGCGUCAAAAAUGGCAUCAAAUACAGAUAUUUGUUAUUGUGGUGUUGCAUCGAAGUUUAAAGUUACAGUCGACGUGAAAAUUAAUUGCACGAAAACCAAAAACUCAGCACGUCUCAAUGAUGCUGUUUUUACCGACCGUCCAACAGCAACGAGCUGAGAAGGGGACAUUUGUCCACCUGCCGCGGAGGACUCGGACAUACUUCAUCAAUAAUCCAUUCUCCGCCGGUGCGUGUGAACGUACUGACUGUGAACGUCUGCUGCUUAUAUGAGAAAAACUGGAGCACCGAAAUCCUAAAGUGGGUUUCAUGUUAUAACAGGUUUUGCCCACCAGAGGGCGCUGAUGAGUGUCUGAGUGUCUGCUGCCUCACACGAACACUCGACGCUUUCACUGAAGAAGACGAACUUUCAAUGUCAGAAUGAGAUCAGGAAAGUUUUGUUAAAAUUGUAAGCAGCAUUGUAAAUCUGCAGCCAAUCUCUGCAGCCCGUCUCUGCAGCCCGUCUCUGCAGCUCGUCUCUGCAGCCAAUCUCUGCAGCCCGUCUCUGCAGCCAAUCUCUGCAGCCCGUCUCUGCAGCCCGUCUCUGCAGCCCGUCUCUGCAGCUCGUCUCUGCAGCCCGUCUCUGCAGCUCGUCUCUGCAGCUCGUGUCUCAUGUUUCGGCAGUCGCUGUGUGCCCUCUUUGGGACUCUGAUGGGUGAAAUCUGCCGUAAUCCUCAGACGUUCUUUAAUCUCAGAUAAAAGCAGUGAAAUGGAGGAAUAAUCCUGCGACUGCUCGUCCUCAGUUCAGCCGCCUGCGCCUUACUUUCCACCGCCAGCCUCUACUUCCUGUUCCGGCAGGGAAACUCUGAUAGCAGAGAUCUGUAUUCAUACCAAACCGUCCGAAGCCACGGGGACUCGAUGGACGGACGUUGUCUCUCCCAACAGUCCCGGUGUUUCGACCUCAGCAGCAGCCGACCGGCUUCAGCAGACACCUCAGACACUCGGACGCAGAGCUGCGACUCGUCUGCAGCCGAGCCUCAGACUCGUCAGACUCGUCAGACUCGUCAGACCUCGGCGCUGCUUCCUCCGUAAAUAAAAACUCUCUCAGACGCUUUCUGCUGAAAACUUUUAUAAACUCUUAUAAGCUUUUAUAAACUCCGAACGUUCUGGAACAAAAGACUCAAACUGAAACCGAAAUAUUUCAGCUCGAUGAAAAACCGAACGUCCUCUGAGGAUCAGAGAAGAGUUCAUUUUACUGGCCUGUGAUUCCAGGAUCAUUUUCAAAAACUUUCCAGGGAAUAUUUAUUUUAUCUGUCCGCAGAGCUGUCUCUGAAGAGUCUCUCUGAACUCCAUUUUUAUUCUUAAAAAGCAAACUUUAAAGAAAACAUUUUUCAGAAAACAUUUCAGCUUUUCUUUUUUCUUCCAAAAUUUUUCGGUCUUUUCUUUCCUCUAAAAUUUUUGGGUGGUUUGAAGACUUUUUCUUGAUACUUACUUUCAAGAAAAUGUCUUACUUACUUUCGUGAUUUCUCUUUCUUUUCUUGCCUUUGAAAGAUUAAUGCGGCCCUGUGGGUUUGGAGGAUAUGAAUGAUAUCGUUGGAUUUUUAAACAGUCCAAAAUUAUUGGACAUUUACGACCGCUGUUCUUCUCUCAGUUAGCUGCUAACUGCACUCGGCUGCUUUUUAAAUCUGCGGCACGCGGCAUUCAACGUGACGCCGCAUCGUGUUGAAGCAGAACGCCGCGAUGUUUCCGCCUCCAACAGGAAGCAUAAAAGCUGUCAGUCUCAUUUCCUGCUGGAAAACACGAGUUUCCAAAAAUAAAUAUGAGUUACCGAAAUGUGUCUUUGAGUAUUUAGGCUUUUUUUGUUGUUGUUGUUGUUGUUGUUGUUAUUUAAUUUACUUGGAAAAAAAUAAAUUGUUAUUUUGCUGUUAUUUAUGCUUUCUGUGCAGAGUACACAGUAGAAGUAGAAGUACACAGUAGAAGUACGCAGUAGAAGUACACAGUGCUGAUUCUGACUACAGACGGAAAAAGUGUUGUGAUAUUUUAUAGAUAUUGUCGUUCAGUUUUAAAUGUUCCGUCUGUUAUUCAGAUAAUCGUGAUAUUUAAUUUUGGUUCAGUGAAUAACAAACAAACCGAUCAUCUCUUCACUGUCCAACCUGAGGUCCACGUUUUACUGGACACGUCGGGACAUCUGUGUUCGGAAAGAUCUGCUUCGCUUUGAUCCAAAAAAGUCAAACAGGAAGUCUGUUAACGUGAGACUGAAGGAGGGACGACAACUACGACUCCCAGGGUGCUUUUCACCAUCAAACAUCCAAUCGCAGCCUCAGAGGAUGAGUGCUGCUAACGUUAAAACAUUCAGCAGGAUCUGAAUAACUAACAUCUCCAUAGCAACUGCAGCUGGGGCUCAUGGGUAUUGUAGUAUUCAGAGCUGUACACAAAAAUGAUUUAAAAUACAAAUAUACAUUAAAACCACA